UUUGCCUAAACGCACGUGCCACCAACCUAAUAAAAAAUAUUUUAGAGGUUGUGUGAUACAGACUUUGGAGCCAAGUCGAGUUUGAAGUUCGAACGAAGUCAAAAUCGAAUUGUGACAUUUGAAUUCCGCGCGCAAAUUUUGGCGGGAUUUAGGUUUAUUGCUCCUGAUUUCAAAUAAGCAGUCUGUGGAUAAGCAAGAAUGUUUCACGGAGGCUUAUUGGCGAAGCUGCGAGGCUUCUACAAAUGGUAUGUCUUGGGUUUGGUGUCAGUCGGCUACAUCGUUGGAGAACUUGGACAUUAUCUCAUCGGGACCACGUCUAAGGUGACAGCCGAGGACCUGCACUACGGAGACAAGUCUUGUUUGUUCAACGCGACUCACCUCACGCUGAGCCAGCUGCCCGUCGUCUGCGAGAAGGUCAACUCAACAGAACUAUGCGAAUCUCUGACUCUGAACGGCACGAGAUACUGCGAGUGGGGAUACAACGGUCUUGGCAUAGACUACCAGGUGUUAGCCGGACCAGCCUUCAUGGCGGUCUUCACCGUCGUCGGAGUGAUCUUGGGAGUGGUGGCGGAUAAGUACAACAGAGCUCGAAUACUGUCAGUAUGCACUUUAGUUUUCGUCAUUGCAAUACUGAUGAUGGGCACCGUGACAGAGUAUUGGCAUUUAGUGUUGCUCAGGAUGGUGAUGGCCGCAGGAGAAUCUGGAUGCAACCCUCUGGCCACGGGAAUUCUUACGGACCUGUUCCCUGAACACCAGCGUGCUUUGGUUUUGUCGAUUUUCAAUUGGGGAAUCUACGGGGGAUAUGGAAUUGCGUUCCCAGUUGGAAGAUAUAUUCCCGAUUUAAAUGCUUGGGGAUUGAGUUGGCGUCUGUGCUACUACAGUGCCGGAGUGGUCGGCCUGGUCGUCGCUGUUCUGACGUUCCUCACGCUUCGGGAACCUGAACGAACAACUAUUGGCGAAGAAGGAGCUGGCAACAACAAGGCAGGCGAUGCGUCGCUGGAAGCAGGCAAGAAGAUGCCGCAAGUAACGAUCUGGCACAUCAUUGCGCAGCCCAGGGUGCUACUUCUGUGUCUGGCCGCUUCCAUCAGACAUUGUGGUGGUAUGUGCUUCGCGUACAACGCUGACUUGUACUACCGCGACUACUUCCCCGACGUGGACCUAGGCUGGUGGUUGUUCGCCGUCACCGUCGGAAUUGGCUCCGUGGGUGUCGUCGUUGGUGGUGUCGUGUCAGACAAGUUUGUGUCUAAAAUGGGCGUAAGGUCUCGAGUGUUGGUACUAGCGCUGUCUCAGCUGAUAGCUACACUGCCAGCGUUUGGAUCUGUGGUGUUUGGGCCACUGUGGGCCAUGAUUACCCUGGCUUUCUCAUACUUCUUCGCGGAGAUGUGGUUCGGUAUUGUGUUCGCAAUAUUAGUGGAGAUAGUUCCUGUGUCCGUACGGUCAACAACUGUGGGGGUGUUCCUGUUCGUGAUGAACAAUGUCGGAGGCAACCUGCCCAUCCUUGUCGACCCCGUGUCUAAAGCCAUAGGCUACAGGGAGGCUAUCAUGAUAUUCUACGCAGGAUUCUACGGCAUCAGUAGCAUUCUGUUCUUCUUGACGAUGUUCGUUAUGGACGGACCUGUAGAGCAGCCAGCUGCAUCGGAAAAUAAACCCAAUGGCUUAGACAAUAAGGCUUACUCACACGACGAGACUAGACACAGGAUACAAGACGCUAGGCUUUAAGAUAUUAUACUAUUGUUAUUUGUUGUUAUAUUGUAAGGCAACUGUGAGAUUGUUGUUUGAUGUGUUUUAUGCAAUUACUGUAGCGUCAAUGUGACAAAUAGGUAAUAUCGAAGUAUUUUUUGAUAACUCGGAUAAUUGAAGAGAAGGAUACUGGAUGAAUGAUAUAGAAUUCUUAAGAAUUCUCGCAACUCUUAUGCUUUUAAAAGCAUAAGAGUUGCGGUGAAAGAUGACAUAACUAGAAUUGGAAAUAUGUCUCUUUAUUAUAUUAUUAUUUGUAGGUAUCUAGUGUACAUUUACAAUACAGGUGUAAAUGGUAGAGCGAGGAACCUAGAUCUAAAUAUAUUCUCGAUUAAAUGAAACACACGGGAGGUCCAGUACUAUUGGAUGUCAGAGACGCGAUUGUAUUUUCUACUUAUGACAUUUUGCGUUUCAAAAGUGACAUUUUACAAAUGUGCGUGUGUGUAUAAUUUUCACAUAUUAAAAGUACUUAUUUGGUUGUUUUUUUUUAGGAAUUCAACAACUGGGCCAAUUUUUUUAUCACAUAUAAAAUUUUUAUUGCCACCCUAAAAUUGAACUUUUUACACAGAUUGCCUAAGAAAAAUGUUGUUGAUUUAUAAUAAAAUAAAAAAAAAUUAUAUAUUGAAAUUAAUAACUUUAUUAACUCAACUUAAAUUAUCGUCAUCGUUGAUAUAUUAUUUAUGUGCGGAUUUUAAUCUGGGAAAUUUAUGUACCUAUCCCACAAAUAGGUAAUCAUGUAUCAUUCUUGUAAGGGUUAAUUGUCAUCUCAACCGCCGAUACAUUUUUUUUUUUUGAUUUCACAACAAGAACAAUAUUAAAUAUUCGAUUUAGUUGAGGAGUACCUAAAUUUAUUUUUCCGAGAAAAUUAAUAUCAUUACAAGCUUCAAUAAUUGUGGCUUUUAAAUCUAUAUAUUGUUAGGUAAUACGGUUCCAGCUGGUUUUGGAAGAAGUGAUAUGACAGCGUUCCUUUAAGUAGUUAUAAGUCUUAUUUUUAGGCGGGCAAUAUUUACCAAGAAUGAGACAAUAUUGUGUAGUCUUCGAGUAAUAAUGCUGCCUAUAUUAUCACUUGAUGUCUGUCUCCUGAAGUUGUGUAGUCAUAGAAUCUUAUUUAUUUUGAGCCGCCUCAUAUUAGACCGACUAAAAACUUAGCCAGAGUUAAAAACCCGUUAUUUUCAAAUGUAAGAUUAAAUAAGAAAAUAAUUACAUACUUAUUAUAUUUGUAAGUAUUUAAGUGAUUUAACUUAGUUUUUAAAUUUGAGCACAGUUGUAUAAAAUAAAACGGCGUUGUCCAUUACCAAAAAAAAUUAUACACUAUUGCGACUGUACCUAAGUUAUUUCGUAUUAAGUCGUUUUAGUCCUUCAUUUAUUUUUUGUCUAUCCUUUCAAAGCAAUCAGAUUAUACAAAGAUUUAUACAAGAAUUUCUUUCAGCUCUUACCGAAAACUUAUUUUUACUGUCUUCUAAAUUUUAAAAAAGGGUAUCAUAUUUUGAAAAAAACCCGGUACUCUUUUCCAGCCUAACAGGAGGGCAUACGAGCAUAACCAAAUUAUAUUAUUAAUAAAAUACAAUUUUGUUCAAAUACUAUCACUAAAUUAUUUUAAAGCAGUUUAUGUGAUGUGAUAUUACUAUUUAUUUUUAUAUAUUUAGUUUUAAGUUUUUUUUAAUAAAAUUAAAACAAUACA